GAUGGGGCAUAUUCUCCUGUUUGAGUUUUCGCGCCAUCUGUAAGUUGACAUGGUGGAGCAGCACAUGGACACCGGCUUGUAAUGCACUCAGCACUGGUGCUAAACUUCCGUGUUGUUCUAUGCUCGUGCGUUUUGACUGUCGCAAGAAGAAGCGUGUGGAAUUGCAGCUCACGUUCAUCUACUCCAGACAUUCGUCAGUUUAACUUGAAUUAGUACACAGAAGAAUGACGGACCUUGCCGCUCAAGUGACUUCCCUAAAGGAGCAGGGCAAUGCAGCUUUGGCUCAAGAAAAAUACACAGAAGCAGCGGAUUUGUACACUCAGGCAAUAGCAUUGGAUCCCACGAACCAUGUUCUCUACAGCAACCGGUCCGCAGCCUAUGCAAAAGCAGGGAAGCACAUGCAGGCUUUGCAAGACGCAGAGAAAACUGUAUCAUUAAAACCAGAUUGGCCCAAGGGGUAUUCUCGAAAAGGCAGUGCUUUGGUGUAUGUUGGCCAAUUCGAUGAAGCAAUCAAGACAUACGAAGAUGGCCUGAAACUGGACCCUACGAACAAGCAGUUGCUGGAGGGACUUCAACAUGCUAAGAACGAGAUUCAAAAUGAUCCUCUGAGUGGGUUGUUUGGUGGAAACAAUCCAUUUAAUUCAGCUGAUGCCAUCACCAAACUGACAAUGAAUCCUAAGACAGCUGCUCUCCUUGCUCAACCAGAUUUCCAAGUGAUUCUGGCUGACUUGCGUGCCAAUCCCAAAAAUCUUGGGUUGCAUAUUGGUGACCCACGUGUGCAGACUGCUCUUGGUGUCAUACUUGGGAUUCAUUCGAGUUCCCCUGAAAACAUGGACAUCGAUCCACCAUCCAGUAAACCUGAGCCCAAACCAGAACCAAAAGUGGAGAAAAUGGAUACUUCUCCUCCCAAGGAUCUGUCUGAAGCGCAAAGGGAGAAGGAGCUAGGCAAUGCUGCUUACAAGAAGAAGGAAUUUGAAAUGGCCCUUGUUCACUACAACAAGGCAGUGGAGUUGGAGCCCCAGGAAAUCACAUACCUGAACAACAUUGCGGCUGUGUAUUUUGAGCAAAAAGAGUAUGAAAAGUGCAUAGAGCAAUGCAAGAAAGCGGUGGAGAUUGGAAGAGAAAACAGAGCUGAUUUCAAGCUGAUUGCCAAGUCAUUUGCCAGAGCUGGCAACGCAUAUAAACGUCUUGGGGACUGGAACAACGCUAAAUUCUUCUUUGAAAAGUCAAUGCUUGAGCACCGCACCCCAGAAAGCAAAACUUUGCUGUCUGAAGCUGAAAAGAUGAUUAAAGAGCUGGAGAAAAAGGCAUACAUAGACCCUGUGAAGGCUGAGGCUGAGAAGGAACUUGGAAAUGACUUGUUCAAGAAAGGAAAUUAUGCUGACGCAAUCAAGCACUACUCUGAAGCGAUUUUAAGAAAUCCAGAUGAGCCUAGAUACUACAGCAACAGAGCCGCCUGCUACACCAAGUUGGCUGCGUUUGACUUAGGACUUAAGGACUGUGACAAGUGCCUAGAAUUGGACCCUAAAUUCAUCAAGGGGUGGAUUAGGAAGGGGAAAAUCCUACAAGGUAUGCAACAGCCAGGCAAGGCGUCUGCAGUUUACCAGAAAGCCAUCGACCUGGACUCAUCUAAUGCCGAAGCGCUUGAGGGAUACAGAGCUUGCGCAGUUGCUGUCAACUCUAACCCAGAAGAGGUUCGUAAAAGGGCAAUGAAUGAUCCAGAAAUCCAAAGUAUUUUGCGGGAUCCAGCAAUGAGAAUUAUUCUUGAGCAGAUGCAGAGUGAUCCACGAGCCCUGCAAGAUCAUCUGAAGAAUCCUGAGAUCGCAUCAAAGAUUCAGAAGCUUUUAGAGUCGGGUCUCAUUGCUAUUCACUAAAAGUGGAAUUCACAUACUAAUACAGAUGAUGCUGAUGUGCUAUGCUUUCUAUGGCCCACAUUUCAUAAUUUUGCAAGACAUCUCUUUCUGUUAAGGGAAACUAUUUUUGAACCAGUCUCCUUAUGCUGUAAAAACUCAUUCCUAAUGGUAAUAUAAUGUAAUGCAAUUUGGCCAUUGGCUUCUAGUAGUACACAGAUGUUGAAAAAUUUCAAUAAAUGCUGCCAAUUAAAAUAAAUAA